UCAAUGACUUGGUUUGCUAAACCUGAGGGGUCUGCUGUGGGCCAUCUUGUUAUCUCUCAUAGUCUCGUACUAUAUUUUGUUUGAGCAUGAUCUAGUACUAUAUUUUUUAUAAGCUGGGCAAUACCGUACUAAUGAUUAGUCACACCUCAGUGGAGGUUUCUUUUAACAAUAUCCUGCAACUCUCAUUGCAGUUUAUCCAUAUUGGCUAACAGAAUAGGGCCUUAACUACAUUAAAUAAUCCCUCAAUAGGUAAAGUAAUACCAAUGAUACUUUUUUAGGACAGUGAAACAAUCAUAUCAUAAAAAACUGAAAUACAUUUAAGUUAGCAUUGAUAAUAGGAAUAAUAGACAUGUUGCAGUUUCUAUUUAAUUUAGACUAGAUGUUCACCUAAACAAGCAGAACUGGCCUUCUUCAUAUAGUUGAGAUAAUGCCUUGUAGAGUGAAAGUGGAUACCGAUCACUCUGCAUUUAGGCUUUUUGCUGAUUUUAGUUGAGUAAUUGUCGAGCAUAGGUUGUGGUUGUAGGAAUAUGGUGCAAGUUAGAGAUGGAAGGUCUUUGACUCCUUGUGACUGUGAAUGUAUGGAAGAAAUGUUCAUAGCUUGAAAUACCAGCAGUUAGCUAGAAAAGCUAAAGGGAAUUAAUGUAAACUUAUUGACCUCCACUUGUAGUUGUUGCUAUCCAUGUAUUAAUUAUGUACAUUGAGAUUGUUUUGAGAGAAGCAAUGUAGCAUUGCCUGGUCGAGCUCUUUGCUGCAGAUAGCUUUUUCCACCACAAAGUUCUUGCUUAGCUAAUCUUUUGUAACCGAUCACAUAACCUAAUUUCUUACUCUUCAUGAUUUGGUUAUAUGCAAAUGCAUGGUACACAGAUUUGUGCUUUUCAAGCUUUAAACAGCAUAGAAAUAUAUUUUACCUUUUUGGGGUUAUGUUCCAAAAAAUAUACAGUAGUUACCAUGGUAUGUUACGAAACUUCUUUGAAGUGUACAUCCAAGGUCAGGACAUGUGUGUAUUAAGUACUGAUGAUACAUCAGUGAAAUUAUUUUCCUGUAUUAUGCAUUUAAGGUCAGAACAGGAAAGGAGGCUUAUUGAGCUUUAUUUUGUGGUUUGUUUCUGGAAUCCUGGGUUUCAGAUUUGUUUGAGUUCCAUAGUUUUUCACUCAGUAUGUUACUCAUAAGUGUUUACAGGAUCAGAUGCACCUUGGAAGUUAAUUUGUUAUUGGAAAAAAGAUGCUCAUCAACUCUACGUUGGAAGAUUCAGUAAUUGGUUACUAGAUUUUAAUCCAGCAAUGAAUAUUCCAUUUCAGACUUGAUUACCAGGAAAGGAUAAACUGAACUUAGACUGAUCGGGGUCAAUCUGGCAUUUUGUUCAUUAGUCUCUCUGUAGGCUCAUUCAGUCAGUUACGGUCUAUAAUCGGCUCUGUUGAAUAUGGUAUAGAGAGAUGUCGGUAAGAAAAGAAAGAUCUUUUUGUAUGAUAAAAGUUUCCCACAUCUCUCCUGUCAAUUAUGGUCCUUAACUAAGUGGCAUAUGCCUUUUUCCAUUGUGUGCUUGACUUCAGUAAUUCUUUUUCAUGGUUGGGCGUUUAGUGUUACUGUGAGGUUGAUCCCUUGUUGAUAGCCUAGAAGCUGCAUUUUUGAACUACAGAAUCUGCAGCUUGUAGCAAAUGAUUACUGGUCCAUAUGCAUAGGAACAUAGAAUGAGCAAUGAUUACUGGUCCAUAUGCUUACUGGUGUGAAUAAGAGGGAAGCCAGAUUCUCACACCGUGCAGAACUCUUGGUAACGGGAGUUAUAGGUGUAGUUCUUAGGAGGGUUAUGGUUGGAAAAGGAAACACCAUAUCACUUUUUGUUUUUCUUACCAUUUCAUUGUGAAAUUUAGGUGCAAGAGGGUAACAUUAUCUUUUUUUAUCAGGUAGUCAGUGCAAUAAAUUGCGCCAGGAGAGGUUGGGUCAAUGUAGAUAUGGACAUCAUUGCCUGUGAAUCCUGCAGGGCCCGUCUCUUCUUUUCUACUCCAUCAUCUUGGGCACAACAACAAGUUGAGAAAGCAGCCUCUGUUUUCAGCUUAAAGCUGAAUAAUGGACACAAGUUACUCUGUCCAUGGGUUGACAAUGCCUGUGAUGAAAAGCUAGCACAGUUCCCUCCUACCUCACCUGCAGAUUUGGUUGACAGUUACAAGAAGCGAUGUGCUUCAGUAUUGCAACUUUUGGAGCUACCCGUGAUCUCGUCAACAGCCAUCGAUCACAUGAGUAGCCCUUUGUUAGAACAUUUCCUUAAGAGUCCCCCAGCUCUAGAAUAUGUCAAUGGACAUGAUAAUGUUUCUGCCAGAGGUUUUGGGGAUGAACGUGAAGAAGUUUUGCCUGUCUUGUACUAUCAGGCAUUUUUUCAGGCACAAAAGCUCAUAAGUUUAUGCGGUUGGGAGCCUCGGUUGUUACCUUAUAUAGUUGACUGCAAGGAUGUACAGGAUCAAUCUAUAAAAGGUGGAACUCUCCCUGAUCCUUCUGAAGCUUCUAAUGCACAAAAUGCUAGCCUUACUGUAUAUACUUCUCGCACUGCUGAAAAUGUAGAGACAAAUCAAAGUCCUGCUACUGGAAGUGAGCAGUAUGAUCAUACGUCUGUGGUUCUAGACUGUAGGCUUUGUGGAGCUAGGGUUGGUCUAUGGGCUUUCCGUACAACUCCUCGGCCAGCAGAGUUUGUUAGACUUAUUGGACAUGCAGAAUUAAAUGAAGAAAAUGAGGCUGCUUGUCAAAUGGAUGAUGCCAAUCACCCUAAUGUAGAGACUUCUCAUGCUGCGAAAGGAGAACAAACAGCUAGUAUUGCUAAGAUUGGUACAACAUCCUCAAGUAGAAAUCUUUUGAACUUGACAAUUGCAGGUGGUCCACCACCUGCGGAGCAGAACUUCCGCCCCACAAUUUCAUUGCCUGUCGUUGGACAAAACCUUAGGAGACGUUUUUCAUCUGCAUUUGAAUCUGUUGAUGGUGAUCAACAACCAUUUAAGGCGUUAUCUCAGGUAGGAAAAGAGCACAUGAGGUUGGUACAAAAAACGAACGAAGAUGCACAUCAUAGUGCUACAAGUAAUGGAUCAGUUGAUGGAGUUGACAAUGGUGGUCACAUGUCAGUGGGAGGAGAUGUUAUCAUGAAAACUGCAACUUCUGGAACCAAUAAACCGUAUACUGCUACUACAGAUCAGUUGGAAAAUGUUGAUGGCAAAAGUUCGAAUAGUGGUGACAAUACACCAGAAGAUCUAGCUAAUGUUGAGACUCUUAAUACGGUUACAGGGGAUCUUCAUAGUCCUGAAGAUGAAGGAAGUUCCAAAACGCUUGGUAUUGAGGACUCAGCUCUAGAUCAUGCAGCUAGUUUGAACAAUGUGCUAGAUACAAGCUUGGCUGUCAAUGACAAUGUGCAACAAAGUCCAGUGAUUGAUAAAAAUUGCAACAAACAAGUAAAUAACCGGGAUUGUGGUGAACAGACCCCAGGGCUCCCUUUGAAGUCCAGUUCAGCUUACUUGGAGGAUUCAAAGCAACCAUCAGCUGCAAAAGCAAUGGAGCUCGAUCCAAUAAAGCAGCAUAGACAUUUUUGUCCCUGGAUUGCUUCAAGUGGGAAGUCAGCUCCUGGAUGGAAACAAACUCUAUCUGCUCUAGAACGCCAGAAAGAGUUCAUUUAUCCAUCAGCGACAACCCAAGCAUCGUCUUCACUCAUUGAGGUGGAAGAUCCCGUUGGUUCCGUCAAAAAGCUUCUCACACCCCCUUCAGCUAAAAGAAAGAAGUUCACUUAUGGCUCAAGUUAAAGACAGCCCACCAUCAGCGUAAAGCCUCAGAUAAACAUGUAUUGUCAAGUAAGAUGCUUUUGUCGUUUGUUUAAACCGUUUAUUCAUUUGCUAUUCCAAUUAGCAGUACUAGGUUCCCUUUUUAGGGUUUGUAUCCAAUUUUGAUAUAUUUUGGUGACUGCCUUUGCCCUGCUUAACAUAGCCAGAAACUGAAGAUUUAUAUUGUA